CCAGCUCGAGGAUCGGCGACCGCGGCUCAAAGCCACGAUCAUCUGGCGAAUUUUACUCGAGAAAUUAUUCGUACUCUGAUAUUCACAGCUGUGAUGAUCGCUAGUCGGUAUAUCGACUCAUGCGACGCACCUCGGCAAGUUUGACGUGCAUGCAGUAGCGAGCUUGAAGACUGACACAGUUCCACUUCUCCUGACGCUUCAAGCUUUGUCCCGAGCUUCUAACACUGAGCUCUGGGAAGCGUCAAUGCGCUGUGAUAUUGAUUUUCGGAUUUGUGUCACGGUAGAAGGACGGAGCGGAGCAGGCUAUUUUUCUGCGCGUCUGCGUGAAAGAAGUCUGUGGCUGUAGAAUUUAGUGCGCACUAUCAUAUCAGAUUUUUGAAGCAGAGGGAAUGCGACUGUCCGGUGUUCAAUGGGUUGAAUCAGGCAUAGCUGCGUCAGGACUAGAGAGCAUCAGGGAGUCGAGGUGAGAAAGUUCUGAGAUCGAAAGCGUAAAGAUGGGGGUCCAGGAGCAGCAAAACAUGAGGAAGGUGCAGCAAAAAUUCAAGAUGCGUGGACUCACUCUGACGCUAGAUGCAUUAAAAGCGGUCAUGAGCCACUUGGAAGAGGCGCCCAACGUAGAUCAAGCCUUGAGUGACAUUUUUUCCGAGAUGGAUAAGACUUCACUGAAGAGCAACUUCGUGAGCAAGGAUGCAAUUCUGGAGGUUUUAUCCGCCGCAGCAGGCGGGGACGUCCACGAACAAAAUCGGCUGAUCGUCGUGGAUGUUUUUAAUCUCCCCAAAUUGUGCUACGAUCACGUCAGAAAGUCUUUCUACAGGUGUCCUGAUUUACCGACAAAUCACGGAGAAGCAUCAGCUAAAGCAGCUCUGUACAGAGACCGAUUUCAAUUACUCCAACAGCGUGUUUUGCGUGACAGGCACUUCACCAAACCUUCCUUCGGUAGAAACAAUUCUGCAACUGGCAGCUGCGAGUUGACGCCUCUACAAGGCUUGAUAGGGUGCCCUGGAAAGCACUGGGUGAUGGGUACAAUUUACCAAGUGGAAGACGACCGAUUCUGCCUGGAAGAUCUUACUGGUUCCGUCCCAGUUGACUUUUCUGAAGCAAAGAUCACAACAGGAUUUUUUACAGAGAAUUGUGUCAUAGUAGCAGAAGGGGAGUACAUGACGAAUGGAGUCUUCAAGAUACGUACCAUGGGAUUCCCUCCUCUGGAACACAGAAGUGUUUCGUUAUCGGUAACUGCCGGUCUCGACUGUUUUGGUGCUGGAGUGCUGAAUAGCGAAGAGACAAUGAAACUGGAGCAAAUAGAGGAGAGCACCAAUGAUAUGUUUAUCAUUCUCGCGGAGGUCUGGCUCGAUCAUGAGGAGACUAUGCAGAAGCUAACACAAGUAUUCGACGGUUACGAGACGUUGGAAGUGGUACCUUCUCUCUUUAUAUUUAUGGGAAACUUUUGCAGUCACCCGUGCAAUCGUGCCUUCAAUGAAUUUGCUAAACUUCGUUCUCACUUUGGAAAACUUGGUGAAGUAAUAAGUGCUCACCCUCGUAUCAAAGAAGCAAGUCGCUUCAUAUUCAUUCCAGGUCCAGACGAUAUCGGUCCCGCCAAUGUUCUCCCAAGGCCUCCCUUACCGAAAUUUUUCACCAACGAGGUUCUGAAGCAUGUUCCAAAUUCCAUUUUCGCGAGUAACCCUUGCAGGAUCCGCUUCUACUCGCAGGAAAUAGUCUUAUUUCGAGACGACAUUCUGUACCGCACGCGCCGAAAUUGUAUCAUACCACCAUCUAACGAAGAAACUCAAGAUAACUUCCAGCAUCUUGUUGCCACAGUAUUACACCAAAGCCAUCUGUGUCCCCUGCCUCUUACAUCACAGCCAAUCAGUUGGCCUCUAGACCAUGUUCUCAGGCUUUAUCCUUUACCUCAUACGGUAGUGCUGGCGGAUCGACUGAUACAGAAGGUGUUUAAUUUUACCGGAGUUACUAGCUUCAGUCCUGGAUCGUUUUCUCACGACGGAGCUUUUAUUGCAUAUCGACCAGGCUCGAAAGAAGCUGAAAUUUCCAGCAUCUAGAUAGAAGCACAACAAACCAUUAGGAGCUUGUAUCAUACAUCUGUACUAACAAUUUAGGGUGGAUGAUUCCCAGUAUUCUUCGAUUCAUCUUUGUAAUUUUUAGAGAAAUCUUUCUUGACGUGUGCCGUAUAUUGGAGUACAUACGGGAAGCCAAAAUUAGGCAGCCAUAAUCCUGUACUUAGGGUUGGAGGCACAGCCUCAAGGGGCAUGCCUCGUUCGGGUUCUUCCAUACAGGCAUGCCUGUAUGUACAAAGAAAUUAAUUCGUAUUUUCUGGAACUUUUCAACAGUUUUACUUCUAAAUAUGUUUUAUUCUCAUAUAUGUACAUUUUCAAAUACGUCAAAUGUACGUAUUUCAAUACGGUCAUGCCUUUUGACCGUGAAAUGGGGCAUAGGCAUGCCUCAAAAUAUUUUGCUGUGCCUCCAACCCUACCUGUACUUCAUGCUGGGGCAAGGCACAUCGCCUUGCCUCAGCAUAGAUAAGACCGUGAGUUCUCUAGAGUUCAUCUCUUGAACGAACCUAGAUUUUUGAGCUUCUAGAUCAAAACUACAAAAGUCUACAAGGUUCUUUGGACGGAUGAGAAAUCUAGAGAGUACGCAAAAGAAUGUAAUAAUUGUCAAGUGAUGUUCUCAAGAUCUUCCCAGAAUAAGGGAUUUCUGACUCCAGACGCGUUAAUCUUUUGUCAAAUUUUCUACUGGA